AUGUACUUUUUUACUCGAAGGAGUAAGAAAUAUGAGAAUGGACAACGUCCUGAUCGAGCUGUUGAAAAUCGUGGCUUUUGGAAGGCUACUGGAAAAGAAAAUUCAGUGACCAAUAACGAUAUCAAAAUUGGAUUCAAAAGAACUUUAGUCUUUUACACAGGUAAACAAGGAAAAUCUACUGAUUCAAAACAAAUCAAUUGGAAAACCAACUGGAUUAUGCAAGAGUUCACUUCAACUACAACUUGUAAUACGGACGAUUGGGUUUUAUGCAAAAUUUAUGAGCAUCAAUAUAGAAAGAAAUGUCAAAUUACAAUCCAAAAUAACCAAAAUGUUAUAGUAUCCACCAAUAUAGAUGAUACUUCACCAAAUCAAUCCAAUCAACAUUUUCAAGUCCAACAAAUGCAAGCUUCUUUGUCAUAUGACAUGGAUUUCACACCACAAUAUCAACUUAGUCAACAUUUUCAAACUCAACAGAUGCAAGCUUCUUUGUUAUGUAACAUGGAUUUCACACCACAAUGUCAACUUAAUCAACAUUUUCAAGCUCAAGAGAUGCAAAUUUCUUUGUCAUCUAAUAUAGAUUUCAUGCCACAAUAUCAACAUAAUCAACAUUUUCAAACUCAACAGAUUCAAGCUUCUUUGCCAACUGAGAUAGAUUUCACGCCAAAAUAUCAAGUCAAUCAACAUUUUCAAGUUCAACAGAUGCAAACUCCUUUGUCAUCUAACAUGAAUUUCACAUCACAAUAUCAACUUAAUCAAUAUUUCCAGGCUCAACAAAUGCAAGAUUCUUUGUCGACAGACAUGGCUUCCAUGCCACAAUAUCAACCUAAUCAACAUUCUCAAGCUCAAACCGACGAAGAGUAUGAUGAUCCAUUUGAGCUUAUAGACUUUGAUAGAUAA